AUGGGAGAGAACAGGAAAAGGGCGCUCCGUGCGGCCCGAGUAGUACAAACAAACAUCCAGGAACUUAUCCAACGCUCGAGAUACAUGGAACAAAUCCUAAAGCACAAAAUCGAGGGAAUUGCACUGGAUACCCAGAGUUUAGCCCGGUUGGCCGAAGACCUAAGCCGUCGUCGAGCGAACGACACGGUCCCUGGCCCGGAGCCCGAUGAGGCUGAUGAUGGCCUGGAGAUCCAGGAAGGGUGCACGCUUGAUCCAGUGGGGAAUACUACCACACGUAGGCACCCACUGUCUUGGUUUAGGGAACAUCAUGCUUAUGGCGAGACAGACUUCUCGGGUGAAUUCUCAUACUGGAAUUUCUCAAUGCGCAUUAAACAACACAUUGAAGAUCAAAUGCACAGCUCAAUGGUGUCGACCGACGACCUGGUCCGAAUUUCUGGAUACUGGCGGGCCCAGCAACUCGACGCUAGCCAUAGUCAUAUGGCAACUGCGAUUCUCUCUUGUCCACCCGAGAAGAUAGCAAGAUUCUUGGCCACGGUCUUCUUCAAAUACACCGAGUCCCAUUAUCCCAUCGUUGACAAGGAGUGGGUCUUUGAUCGCAUUAAGAUUCUAUAUACAGAUUCCACAAGACUCUACGAACGAGGCGGCGAAUCCACAAUAGCGAUCCUCCUGACUGUGUUUGCUGUCGGGACUCAAUAUGCACAUCUUGAGUCCCCCGAGCCCGUCAGGCAUCAAGCACCCGAUUUCUCGGAGGAAAAGAUUGGGGCCACCUUUUAUCGCAAUGCGGUUCGUCUCCUACCAGAGAUUAUCGAAAUAUCGUCACUCGAAAGCGUCCAGGCCUGUCUGUUGUUCGGACUAUAUGCGCUCCCAGUCGAUGCAUCCGGGCUGGGAUAUAUCUACAUAAAUCUUUCGAUUCGACUUGCCAUGCAAAACGGCAUGCACCGGAAGUGUCAUGGAAGUGCCUUCAGCCCCGAAAUGGCUGAGACUAGGAACCGAGUCUGGUGGUCAGCGUACAUGCUCGAAAGGUGGGCGAGUCCGCAAGUUGAACAAUACAAUUGUCUUCUGAUGCAGGAUACAGAAAGAUCUCCAUAUUUCACGGUCGCCCCCUUAUCUGUCCAUAGAUCGGACAUCGACGCAGAGCUACCCAAAUGCGAGACCGGCGAUGAGGACCAGCCGCUGCGACAUAUCGCGCGGGCCAUUGCUUCCCUUCAGCUCAUUUACUUCCUUGAAGACUUUUUCAAUCAGAUUGCUACAGAAGAGAAGUUCGCAGUUGUCCCAGAGAACAGCGACGGCAUGCUAUAG